ACUCGCCCUCUGUCCAGGGUGUCCCCUGUGAAAGCUCCAGGCCUAUAUACGUCAAAACCCAAAACAAAUAAUUUAAUUUGUGUCUAAGUCCACUGUAAACCUCUGAAUAAAAAGAGUAUUCUGUUUAUGAGCUGCUGCAAUGGAUCUGAAUGGAAGAGAAGGCCUGAAUGAUGCCUGUCCUGCAGUAUACCGUGCUGCACUGAAGCUUCGUUCCCUGCAGAAAUUAUGCUACAUGCAUAUGGUUUCGAUCCAGGAUUUGCGCUCAGCUCUCUGGGCUGUAGGCGACUCUGGGAAUACUUCCCAAGAAAACUUGAAACAGAGCCUAGAACAACUCUUCAAGGGCGUUUUACAGAAAUUCCCUGUUCAUGUGGUACCAGAAGCUACAGAGCAGACUGCCAGACUUCUCUUCAAGCUGUAUGACAGGGAGAAGACUGGCUUUGUCCUUCUCAGAUCUGUGGAAGCGGUAUUGAUAGUGCUUUCAGGGGACACACUUUCAGCCAAACACAGAGCUCUGUUCCAGCUGGCUGUGAGCUGUAGCAGAAGACAAGGCACGGAAGACACUUUUGUUAGCCGUGCCAGUCUCAGGAACCUUCUUGAUGACCUUAGUCAGGUGCCAGCUGUGGUUCAGGAGAGCCAUGUGUUUGGUCCUGUGGAGGCUGCAAUCCAAUCCUGCUUCACUGGGAUUAUCAGUGGGAGGACAGAGGAGGAGCAUUUUGUGAGCUGGCUGCAGUCAGAGCCCCGUUUGCUGCUGUGGCUGUCCACCCUUUACAGACUUUCAGUUAGCGAAGCAGUACAGCACAGAGUGCGCUGCCACACUUGCAAGGCCUUCCCCAUCACAGGCCUCAGGUAUCGCUGUUUGAAGUGUUUGAACGUCCACCUAUGCCAAAACUGUUUCCUGAGCAAGAAACAUACAAGGAAGCACAAGCCUUCGCAUCCAGUCCUGGAAUACUGCACUCAGCCCUCAUGGAAGGAAUCAGUGGCAUCAUUGGCAUCCAGUGCCCGCCAUGUUCUUCUGCCACGGCGCUACACAAGGAGAGAAACAGAGAGGAGGAGAGCUCUUAUAGCUAGACCUAAUGAGGAGACACAUGACAGGUGUGCUCUUUCCAUCAGUGUAUCAGGGCUGCAGCAGCAGGAGUGUGUGGGUAAUCUGGAAGGCAUGGACAUCAUUGUCUCUGAAAAUGUUCCUCUCCCUCCUCCUCUUUCCCAUCCUGCUCCGCAACUUAACAUGGAGUCAAAAUCACUCCAGACAGAUGAGUCUGACACCCAGCCUCAGAGAAAGAUGUCAUUACUCCAAAAGGACCUUAGCAUCACGCAAAACACUAUGAAAGAGCUGCAGAGAGAUAAAGGGCUUUUGGAGAAAGAGUUUCUGGUGUGGAAAGUAGCUGCACAGUCAGAGCAUGACUCUCUGGAAGACAGGUGCAAGGAGCUGGAGGACACUAUGGGGGCGCUGAUCCAGCACAACCAACAGCUGGAGCAGGAGCUCGGACAAGUCAGAUAUGCAUUGAGUAUAAGAGGAACAGAUGAGUUUGGAAGUGACAUCUCCACUCCUCCUCAGCAACCCAGUAGAGAUAACACCACCCAGAAGCAGUUUACAGAAUCUGAAUGUCCAGCUUCAUGCACUACUACAGAAAAGGAUCAGGAAUUGAGUGAGACAGAACAGCAGAUGGAAGAAGAAGAAGAAGGAGAAGAAGAAGAAGAAGGAGGAGGAAAAGAAGAAAAAGAAGAAGAAGAAGAAGAUGAAGAAGAAAAAGAAGAUGAAGAAGGAAAAGGAGAAGGAGACAAAGAAAGAAAAGGAGAAGAAGAAGAAGGAAAAGGAGAAGAAGAAGAAAAAGAAAAAGGAGGAGGAAAAGAAGGAGUAAAAGAAGAAGCAGAAGGAGAAGAGACUCUGAAUCAGGUGCAAGAGGAAAGGCAUACAGAUGUAGUAUUUACAGAACAUGUUGGGGAGUCUGAAGAAGAGGAGGAGAAUGAGUGGGAGGAGGAAGAGGAGCCACAUCUUUACAGACAACAGUUUAUUGGAAAUUAUACAACCCUUGACGUUCCUGUCAAUGUGGGGGAUUCUGGGACAGAAAACUUAGAUGAGGAAGAAGAGCUUUGUGACCUUGUGGAGAGACUUCAUGGUGCGCUCCUAUCCACACUAACAGGAUGUGGUUCAUGGCAAACAGAAGCACUGCUAGAGGCAGCAGGAGAGGUUGGAGAUUCGUUGUUUCAUCUUGUUACUUCUCUCAAAUCAAUCACUUCACACGGAGAGGACACAGAACAGAGGUCAGCAAACAGCAGUCCACAUGGCAAAGCCUUGUGCCAUCAAGCAAGUUUCUUUUCCCACCAAUGAAACAGGAUUCUUUAUCUUUUGCGUUCACACAGCUAAACAAUAUAAAAACUAAACAAUAUAAAAAAAGGUUGUGUUUGAAUUUAUACACACACACGCACACACAAACACACACACAUGCACACACACACACACGCAUACACACACGCACAUACUCAGUUACAGCUUUUUAAUCAUGCUUAAGCAAUCCAUGUCAUUCAACACUCAGCCCUACUUCAAUAGUUGUUCUUGUUAAUAUUCCAGCACUGAAAUACCCAAUUCAGUAUAAUUCAAAACUAAAAUUCAAAUGUAGAAUUCAGAAUUUCUGGUUCUUGGCCUAACUAGAAAAACUAGAAACUGAAAACAGGGACUAAAAUAUUCAUCACGGAUGACACAUAAGUCACAUUUGUCAGAACAUGAAGAAUUCUAAGAAUGUGCUUGUGAGAAGGUUGUGACCUUUUUGACUGUCAAAUACAUGAAGUUCAAAAUGAAAUAAUUUUUUAACGAACUUAAACCCUACACCUUUUAUUCUUAAAUGUAAUACUAUUUAUAAAGAGGUGUUGUAAAUUAUUGAUUUAUUUUGUAGUAUUUUGAUGGCUGAAUUUGAUGGUACUUUAGGUGAGUCAGGUUCACAACUAUGUAGAAAUAUAAAAACCUUUUCCUUUUUUAAUUUUUCUUUACCCAUUCUUAAACACUAGAAACCUUCUUGUCUGUAUGCAGGAAAUCACUAAUCGAGCAGCAUUGCAAAUUGUACUUUCUUGAUUCAUCGAUUUUCUUUCACUUUAUUUUUUAUAUUCAAACUGACUAACUAUGUAAAUUCCAAAGACAGAAAAACCAACAAACUUUUUUUUAUGUUUUAUUAACUUUAUUCGUCUUUAUUCGUAAGUUUCCAUGGGAAAA